CCGUCCGCGCAGGUUCUCGUCUGUACUCAAAACAACAUGGGGGCGAGCAUGCGGUGCAUGCUUCAUGAAUGACUACAACACAACCGUCUAGGUCGCUGGCGCAUCCUUCAAAACGGAACACUGAAUUAUCCCAGAUUAAACAUGGAAAACUAUUACGGACGCGAUAGAAGAGUCUAGCCUCUAUUUAGCCAAGAAGAAAUUGCGACACUAAAAGACGUUCAUUUGAUCCCAUCUGGAAAACAGGAUACCAACGAUGCUAGAUGGACUACGUCGGAGGAAUGGCUCGCGCCCCUCCCCCCGACCCCUGUCACUCAAUUUCACAACCUUCUCUGGCCCGCCCUCCAGCCCUGACAUGGACAACAGCUAUCAUCCAAUCAGGAGGACUCUGCACAGGUUGAAGUUAAUGAGCUCGCCCAGUCUGAGUGAGCUGGGGAAGAGUGACAAGUGUGUCUCGGAGGAGAGAGGAGGGGAGAAGCAGAAGAAGGGGGGAGCCAAUGCCACCUGGAACAGUAUUCACAAUGCGGUCAUAGCAGUCUUCCAGAAGAAAGGUCUGGCAGAUAAUGACCUCUACAUCCUUAACGAAGGUGUCCGGCAUCUGCUGAAGACAGAGCUGGGCUCCUUUUUCACUGAGUACCUCCACAAUCAACUCCUUACAAAGGGCAUGGUAAUUCUUCGGGACAAGAUAAGGUUCUAUGAAGGUCAAAAGUUACUGGACUCCCUGGCCGAGACAUGGGACUUCUUCUUCUGUGAUGUUCUGUCAAUGCUGCAGGCCAUCUUCCACCCAGUGCAGGGUAAGGAGCCUUCCGUGAGACAGCUGGCCCUGCUCCAGUUCCGCAACACCAUCGUCCUCAGUGUGAAGCUGGACGACGCGCUGUCCCGGCCGCGGGCGCGUGUCCCGCCCUCCAUCACACAGAUGCUGCUAAUUCUGCAGGUAGCCACCCUUGCUCCAUUGGGGGUGCAUGAGCAACGGGUGGCCAGUGAGGACUACAUGAGGCUGGAGUCUCUAGUGCAGAAGGUAGUGUCUCCUUACCUGGGCACCCACGGACUCUACUCUGGGGAUGGGAGCGAGGCCCAGUGCUGUGUUCUGGAGAAACGCCUUCAAUGGUCCUGGCCCAAACCAGUGGACCAACUGUCGAAAAAUCCAGUUGUGAGAUCAAAGAGCUACAACAUUCCCCUUCUGCUCACCCCGGUGGCUGAGUACGACCCGGAUGCUGGUUCUGUUGGCAGCGGCGGCAUUCGGCGACAUUCUGCCUGUGAGAUCACAUCCUGCCUGGAUGAACAAGGGGCAGCCUAUGGCAGCAUAGCGGCUGGGUCCAACAUGUCCACCAACAGGCUGUCUGUGGGAUCUCAGUAUAACGGGCUGCUGCACGCCGGCUCCAGCGCGGUGGAGCUGUCCCUCUGCCACCCGUCCUCCUGCAUCCACCCGCUGCGCUCGGCAGGGCUCCUCCACGGCACCCCGGCCACCACCACGCUCGGCGACCUCCGCAGGGCCGCCUCCCCCAGCCCCACCAGCGGCACGUCCAGCCCUGAGACCGUCAUCGGCGGGGCGGUGGAGUCCGAGGACUCCACCGCCUCAGAAGGCAUCUUCAUCGAUUUCACGCCCAAGGGACCAGAGUCAGAGGGGUACGGUCAGGACAGACAGAGCACCGUCUAGACAUGAAGGGAGCCGGGGGAGCAGGGUACGGAGAGAGAAACGACCCUCUCGGGUGAACCUGAGGGACGCCGACAGGGGGGCCGGCAUAAUAGUCCCGGAUGACAAAUGACAUGGAUUGCUUCCACGGGGUGUCAUCCAAAUGGUCCCUUAAUCAAAUCGCAUCCCUCCUACAUUUAGUCCUGUCUUGAUAUUGGGGUUUGGAAUUUGGUCACUUGGAAAUGGGUACACAUUUUUUUGACUGCUUUUAGAAACUAUUCCAUUGUGUAAGCAGAUUUCCUGGCCAAGGGCGCUGCUCUUUUUCUGAGUUUUAUAUGGAAGUAAAAGCUAUGUUCUUUUGAUCUGAUCUGCCUUGUAGGAUUCUAUUGACCAUUUUGCUAACUUGAAAUUUGCAAGCAUUUUUUCAUUUUGCUUAGAAAUGCUGAGAGGUUUGUGUGCUCUUAGCUUAUUUGUGUCUGACACAAAUGUCGACUGGUUUGAACUUUAAUAACGCAAAAGUUAUUGCUGUAAGCAUAAUACAUUUGAAGACAUCUCUUAAUCCGGCAUUCUAUAAUAGACAAUUGAGGAAUGAUUGUUUAUUGUUUACACAUUUGAUUGUUGUCUCAAACACUGUAUUUUGUGGCACCAGUAACUUGUAAAUAAAAAUCUUUUGUGUUAUUUUUAGAAUGACUAGAUGUUGUGAAGUAAGUUUAUAAAUUAAUAUGAAUAACCAUUUUGAUAAAGGCUGUUAACCUAAGCUUUUUGCAAUGAUGUUUUACCUCAAAGGUUUUGUACUUUUUUUGAUAGUCUGUGAUAUCUAGGAUGUUUUAUCCAAGAUUGUUAUUUCUAUACAUUUGUUAUACUAGUACAGUACAUUAAAAUUUACAUUAAAUCAUC